AUGAGACUAUUUGCGCAUCCCCUCGCAAGUCUUUGCCUUUUUCUCGCGUGCGCCGCAGAGUCACGACCCUUUGAUACCAACCUCAAGGCGCCCAUCGAGCAGUCGCCGCUGCAAAACUACAUGAUGCCCCCAAGCGAUGCUUCCAGCGGGAUCAUCAUCUCAGACUUGAUUGGGCGGGUGGAAGACAUCGCUAUCUUUAACGGUCUGACGCAUCACAUCGACGCAGUGUCUGGUCGUCUUGAUGAUGCAGCGCAGAAUGCCACGGUACUCGCGCCAAACAACACUGUUAUGAAGAACAUGAAGACAAAGCCGUGGAAAGACCCAGAAGACUACAAUCAGUUUGGCGCGCAAGCCUACGAGGGGACUGGCGGAUCAGAUCGUGCGCAGAGCAAUCUUGAACGAUUCUUGAACCAUCACAUUAUUCCGGAGAGUCCCUGGGAGGAAGGCAAGAAAGUAAAGACGCUAGCGGGAAACGAAGUUUGGUGGGAGUCGAAGAACGGCCAAAAAUCGAUCCAGCCCGGCAACAUCGAAGUUACGAGCAUUGCUGACAAGGCCGCGAAUGGCGAGAUCUGGGCUCCCCGCGCACUCAUUAUGAACUUUGAAUCCGGUGACCUCGCUAUCUGCGAAGUGUGCGGCACGCAAUUCGACGUUCCCCUCUCCUCACCACCGGAAAACUGCCGUAUCUGUCUUGACCCUCGCCAAUACGUUCCCGCCCACGGCCAAACCUGGACAUCCCUCAAUGCCGCGCAGGACACUCAGAAGAAUGAAUUUCACACGGAUGAGCAGGACCCUCGCAUCCACUAUAUCACAACAAAGCCCCUGACCCCCUCCGAACUCCCUCCCGGCCUCAGCGAUAGCACAACAACCCGCAAGCAACUCGGCAUUGGCCAGCGAGCAAUCCUGCUGCAAACCGCCCACGGCAGCAUCCUCUGGGACGCCAUCGCCUUCCUCAACCGCGAGACCGUGGAUUUUGUCAACAGCAAGGGCGGCCUAAAAGCCAUCGUCAUCAGCCACCCGCACUUCUACACCUCGCAUCUCGAGUGGGCCGCGCAGUUCGGGUGUCCUGUGUACGUAGCUGCCGACGAUGCCGAGUGGCAGAACCGCGCAGAUGCGAAGGGUGUGCGGGUACUGUUCCGAGGUGCGCAGGAAGUGGUGCCGGGGGUGACGGCGGUGCAGUGCGGCGGGCAUUUCGACGGCAGUUCGGUGCUGCACUGGGAGAAGAAGCUUUUCAUUGCGGACACGAUGAUGAGUGUUCCUUCUGGCUUCUAUAAUGCAGGCCGUGCGGAAAGAGACCCGAAGACCACGGCGUACAGCUUCAUGUGGUCGUACCCGAACAUGAUUCCGCUGCCGCCGAGCAAGAUUCACGGGAUCUGGAAGGCGUUGAAGCCGUACGAGUUCGAUGCGACGUUUGGCGGCUUCAUGGGCCAGAACGUCGCGAGAACGGAUCUCAAGAAGCAGGUUUUGGAUAGUAUGAAGACAUUUGUUAGAGUCGGGGGGCAUGAGAACGCGGAGUUGUUUGAGGAGAUGUACUGAAUAACGAGCCUUUCAAGGGCGCAAUGAGGUGUGUUCAGAAGUGCAAGGCUUGUAUGAAGGGAUUUAGGUGUUUAAUUUGAAUACGCUGAUAUUACAUUGCUUGCUUUCGAC